ACAACACAGCGAGAGCAGAUCACAGAGAAACUAUGUGCGCAGAGUGCGUGCUCCUCAUCCUGUCACAUCGCAUGUCGCUCUUCUGGAGGGUCUAACAAAGGUUUUAGGAAGAGAAGGGCUUUGGUGAGAAUCCCUUCGCGGUAGGAGGUUAUUUCAUGGUUUUUAAAAUGAUUAAAAUCAGUUUGAAGGACGUCUGAAUACUAUUGGUUUAAGGAGUUAAAGUGUCUUUUUUAAUAUGUUUAUGCCAUAUACUUUUUGAUACUGUAUUUUUUUUUUACAGAACAACAAAGCAUGCUCAUCCUCAUUCAGUUAUAAAGGAUGUUGUGUUUGUGAGCAGAGGGAUUUUGUACUGAGAACAAGUGAUUUUUGAAGUCCUUUUCUGAGUGGAGGUUAUUUAUUGUUGUAUAGGAGAAGUCUGGUUUAUAAUGAAAACAUCAGCGUAAGUUGUGGAAGUGUCUUCUUAUGCCACAUGUCUUAAUGUACUGGAAAGUCAUUUGCUUAAUGAGCUUUUUUGUUUUGUUUUCCAGUUAAUAAAGUAACAUGUUACAUUUCAAUGCAAACAAAAUUGUGGUAGGCCUAUAUUAUUGGUACUUUAAUAUACUUUCUAUAACCAAAAAAAAAUAUUUUUAUAUUUAUACUGGAAAACAACAAAACACUUGUUAAGAAAUUCAGAUUUCAUGAUUUUUGUGUUUUUUUUCUGAAUUUGCAUUGAGGAAUGUGUGUAGCAUUUUGUUCUCUAAGUAGCUUUUUUUUUCACCCUAGGAGGUUGAACCCAUGUUCAGUACAGAACGUUAAAUAUCUGAUUGUGAAACCGUGAGAGGGAACUGGUGUUGUAAUCUCUAAGAUAUUCAGGCAGUCUGGCAUGGAGGCUCUUUGUUUGGGAAUGGACAUAGCAGGCUGUAACUGGGUGUUGUCAGAUGUGUCUGUGGUCCACAGUUAAUGCACUAAUGAAAUAGUUUUCAUGGGAAAGAGCAGCUUGUGUUUUUCCGGUGACAGUUUGCUGUCUUGGAGCCACCUGACUGUCACUUCAUGUGAAGUUAUGCUAAUGAAUAAGUGUUUCCACUCAGCAACUAACACAUGACUCAUAGCUCGUUACAAUAUUUUGACACUGGUUACAACACCGGUCUAAUUUUAUCACUUUUCUGCAUUUACAGGCAUUCAGGUCUCAUGGAAAACAGUGGCGUUUAUGUAAAGUUUUCUAAAGAGACAUGCCAACUGAAUUCCCCAUCAGACAAACUGAAGCAAGAGUUGGAACAAGAGUUGAAAUUAAGCAGCUGUAACUUAUCAAGUCAUGGCUGGUACCAUGGUCGCAUACCUUGGGAGGUUUCUGAGUCUCUUUUGCAACGGGAUGGGGAUUUUCUGGUCCGUGACUCCCUCACUAGCCUUGGAGACUAUGUCUUAACCUGCUGCUGGAACCAGAAAGCUCUUCAUUUCCUCAUCCACAAGGUUCUGCUCAGAUCUUAUAAGACAUAUACUCAUGUACAGUACUUUCUGGAGGAGGAAACGUUUGAUUCUCUGCCAGCACUGGUCCAGUCCUGUGUUGGAAAUAAAAGGCCUCUGACAAAGCAGAGUGGUGCCUACAUAUACUCACCAGUUAACAGGACACUUCCACUCAGAUACCUAGAAACCAUGUUUGGGCUUCCAGGUGUGGAAAACAGCCCAGUGAACUCACCAACCAGACAGAAGGGAAGGCAAAAGAAGAGGGAAAGCAUAACUGUGACAGAGGCUUUGGGAAUUGAGCUGAUAAGACCACAGAGUGAUGUUGUGAUGAGUUUUGAAGGUACCAUAGAGCAGUGUGUUGCAGUGUCAUCCUCCCCAAUAAAAAUGAGCACAUCCAGGCGGCGACAAAGCCCCUCUGAAAACAGGAAGUUUGUGAUAGUUCCUUCAUCACCUGUUCUCCAGAAGUCCAGUGAAAUACGGCUUUGUUCAUCUCCCCCUGAAAACACUCUCAUAUAUCUGGAGCCAACAGAACAUCUUCUGUCCUCCAUAACACAUUCCCAUCAAAACAGCAGAGUAGCAAACCAUGCCAAAAAUCACCUAGCAAUUUCUCAAGAUGACCUUGUGGCAACAAAUUAUUCCAUUGUAAGACAUGAAAUGCAGACUUUGGAUCGCAGAGAGGAGUAUGAUGAGGAUUAUUUAGUGCCUUUCACCAUGGACACAGUUUCCUGUUUCAAACCUAUUGUGUACCAAUCACCAUUGAUGCCCCCAGAAAAUAAACCUUUGGAGACCACAAUACUGAAAAAAGUGAAGCAUGUCCUGUUUGAAGUUGAUAUAAAGACAAUGGCAUUACAUAUCACCAAAGUUGACUGCAUGGUUGCUCGAAUUCUGGAUACAUCUGAUGACAUGAUGAAAGGGAUGGGGGUGAGUUCAGGACUGGAGCUGCUUACCCUCCCACAUGGACAUCAUCUCCGUCAAGAUCUGCUUGAAAGGUUCCACACAAUGUCCAUAAUGCUGGCUGUUCAGCUGCUGGGCUGCACAGGAAGUGCUGAUGAAAGAGCCACCCUGCUGCACAGAGCCAUCUGCCUGGCCUCUGAACUCAAGAGCAGUUUGGGCAAUUUGUUUGGCUUUGCCACAGUUAUGAAAUGCCUUGAGUUACCACAGAUUGCUCGCUUGGAUGAGACAUGGGCAGUUUUACGUCAGAAGUACACCGAAAGUGCUGUUCUUUAUGAGAAAACCCUUAGACCCUCAAUGAGGAUGAUGAAUGACGGAGAAGAGAUAAGUAGACCCAUAGACACAACUUUUCCCCAUAUGCUCCCUCUGCUGUCUCUUCUUGAAAGAAAUAGUGUGGCUCUUGAGGAGUCAUGGGAAAGUGCAGACACCGGAGUGGCCAUGGUCUUGAGCCAUCUGGAUGCUGCACGUACGAUCGCAUGCAAUGGGAGGAUUUUCAGUACAAAUGCAGAGAAUAAACUGCAGGGAUUUCAGGAGGAAGCAGAUGUUUGGGAGGUCUUCCUCACAGAGUUUCAGAUGCGUCUCCUGUGGGGAAGCCGUGGAGUGGAAAGAAAUAAAGAUGAACGUUAUUCAAAGUUUGAUGAAGUGCUAACAGCUCUAUCCAACAGGCUUGAGCUUUCAGACUCAGCAAAAUGACAGAAUGGAUGACUCACAUGCUAUUUUCAGAAGAUCCACUAUGUUUUAUCAAUUUAUUUAGUUAUGUUGAUUUUUCUUUAUUUUUUGUUCAUAGGUUUAUAAAGGGGAUAAAUUACUGCCACUGUAUAUAAACUCAUCAUUUCUUGCAAUUUUAACUUAUUUGAUUUUCAGUGUUAUUAUUUACAUAGUGUAUAUAAAAUUCAUAGCCAAAGUUAUAUUUUCAAGACAAAAUAACCUUAACUUUGCUAAUAUCGUUAACUUUGAACUUUGAACUAUGUGUUUGAUUGCUCUGUUAUUGGUUCUUAAAAUCAAUAAUAAUCAGAUAAUGGGUAAUAUUUACUCGUUGGUACAGUUUUUGGAGAUUUGAAGUCUAUAUAUUAUUUCAUACUUACACAUCAUUUAAAAAUUAUGAUUUAUUCUUUGUUUUUCUUCCAUUUGUGUAGUGGUGUAUGUUUCCAAGUAAAAAAUGUUUGUUUAUCUGAUUUAUUGUCAAACAUUUACUGAUUUGUAAUUAUAGUGCAUGUACUUUGAUACCAGUCGCCACAUCAUAUUCAUGUGAAUCUUGGGUGAAGUGAAUCUCUUAAUGUCUAAUUGAUUUAAACAUUAUUGAUUCAGAAUCAUUUUCUCUCGUCAUGGCCUAUAUAGACAGCCCUAGUUCUUGUGUAAGAACUUUCAUUUUUAUCGUGCUGAUCAUAAUCACAGGACACUUUUUUCUCUCGUUCAUGCCGGUUCGUAAUGAUUGUAGUCAUGCUCUGAUAUGGGGAAA